GAAGGCCCGGGCCCUGGGCGGCCCCUGGAGCUGCGCCCGCCUCCUUCCUGCCGCGGCGACCCCGGGCUCAGAGGGCGGGUCUGAGCCCAGAGGGGGAGAGGCUGGCGGGUCAUGCCCUGGUUGCCCCGCGCCGCGCUCCUUUGGGACCUGGUCCUGGGCUUUUUGGGCACCGCCGCCUUCCUGGUCGACCUGGGCGCCGACCUCUGGGCCGCCGUCCAGUAUGUGCUCAGCGGCCGCUACCUGUGGGCCGCGCUGGUGCUGGCGCUGCUGGGCCUCGCGUCUGUGGCGCUGCAGCUCUUCAGCUGGGUCUGGUUGCGCGCCGACCCCGUCGGCUUGCACGCGUCCCAGCCCCCAGGCCGCUGCCUGGCACUGCUGCAUCUCUUGCAGCUGGGCUACCUGUACAGGUGCGUGCAGGGGCUGCAGCAGGGGCUGCUGGUGUGGCAGCAGGAGGCGCCCUCUGACUUUGACCUGGCUUAUGCCGACUUCCUGACUCUGGACAUCAGCAUGCUGCGGCUCUUUGAGACCUUCUUGGAGACGACUCCACAGCUCACGCUGGUGCUGGCCAUUGUGUUGCAGAGCGGCCGGGCCGAGUCCUACCAGUGGGUCGGCAUCUGCACAUCCUUCGUGGGUAUCUCGUGGGCUCUGCUUGACUACCACCGGGCCUUGCGCACCUGCCUCCCCUCCAAGCCGCCCCUGGGGCCAGGCUCCUCUGUGGUCUACUUCCUGUGGAACCUGCUGCUGCUGUGGCCCCGAGUCUUCGUCGUGGCCCUCUUCUCAGCUCUCUUCCCCCACUAUGUGGCCCUGCACUUCUUGGGCCUGUGGCUGGUGCUGCUCUUCUGGGUCUGGCUUCAGGGCACGGACUUCAUGCCAGAUUCCUGCUCCGAGUGGCUGUACCGGGCAACCGUGGCCACCAUUCUUUAUUUCUCUUGGUUCAACGUGGCCGAGGGCCGUACCCGAGGCCGCGCCGCCAUCCACCUGGUGUUCCUCCUGAGUGACAGUGUUCUCAUGGCGGUCACCUGGCUGACUCACAUCGCCUGGCUGCCCAGUGGGAUCCCACUGCAGACGUUGCUGCCUGUGGGCGGCGUCUGCGUCCUCCUGGGCCUGGCUCUGCGGCUUGUCUACUACCGCUGGCUGCACCCUAGCUGCCGCUGGGAGCCUGACCGCGUGGAUGGGACCCAAGGCCUCGGCUCCCUCGAGUGGCGUCGGCUGCCUCAGAACAGGCGCAUGGCCCAGUUGGCUCAGAACUUUUUCCCCAGGGUUAGGGAUGAGGCUGCUUUGCCACAGAAGGGAGAGGUGAACGGGGUCCUUUGAGGCAGGGUCAGACCCAGCAGGGGACAGAACAGAUGGCAUCAGUUGGUGGAACCGAUUCACUCUUGAUUCACUCAAGAAGCACUUAAUGCCUGAUAUGCCGGGCACUGGAGACCAGAGCUGAAUAAGGCAGAGGCCUGAUUUCAAGGACAAGAACGAGAUGAGAAAGGCUGGGCCCUGGAGGCUCAAGGGCCCUAGUUAUGUACAAGGCACUUUGGGAAGAAAGAAGAGACCCCCCCCCUUCCCCUGCCAACCAGUAUAGCUGGUGCCCCAAAGUUCCUAGUGCUGGCAUUUUCACCUCCCUGGCCGCCUCUAAAAUUGGUAGAGGUGCUGUCCUACCCCUUGGUUUUCCUAUCCUGGGCUAGAAGGUCCAGGACCUGCAGGAUGUGUUCUCCAGAAUUCUUCCUCCCUGCCCCACCCGUCAUUCAGUUCAUUCAACAAAUGUUUACUGGGAGCAAUUUCUGUGCCAGGAACAUUCUAUCCUUGGGACCUGAGCAGGAUCAGCUGCCGCCCGAGCUUCAUCUCUUACCCUCUCCAGCUACUCCUGAGUAGGCUGUCACGGUGGAAGCCGGGGAUGUCCCACUAGUGGCCCCUGUCAACCUCCCCAAGGCCUCUGUGCCGCUGGCCCAGACUCUGGUCCUGCUCUCUAGGGGCCACCUUUCAACCAAGUGCUUCUGAAUCUGUGGUCUGGGCCAGGGCUCAGCCCAGAGUGUUUCUUAUACUUUAGGCAGUACACUUUCUACCUCAGAGUUGAUGUGGAGAGGAAGAGGUGUGUGCACAUAUGUGUCUCUGCAAGUGGACACGUGUGUGUUGUUUUUGUUCAGUAUUAUUAAACAGUAUUAUUACAGUAUUAUUAAAACCUCAUGGAACCCUCCAA